AUGGGUUGUAAUUCUAGUAAAUAUGCCACAGCAUCAGUUGUUGUGAAUCAGAGUAGUGUUGCUUCUGCUAUCGAUAUUCAGCAGAAUUCACCGCCAAUCUCAAUCGAUGAGACUCGUUUCGGCUCAACAAUCACCAGUAUAACUGCUAUCGAUCAUGGACAAGUGAACCUUGAAUCGCAUCAAUUGCAGUAUCUUGAAAAUUCGAAAGAUCAUAGUAAUACAUUUUUAGUCAUAGCUGGUCAAUUGGGAGAGACGCUGAUACCGAAUGUUGACCGUCUUGGAAAUAUAUUGAUAAUCUAUGUUUAUUGUCAUGACAAAGAAUAUCAUCAACAAUGGGCAUCAAAUUACCAAUAG